ACCUAUCAACCCCUUUUAUUCAUCAAACUCUCCAAAUCUUUUUUGUAGCUUCACAUCAGCAAUUCAAGAGAUAUGGAUAUUGAUUUGACACCCAAGUUGCCCAAGAAGAUCUACGGUGGAGACGGCGGGUCGUACCACGCGUGGUGCCCCAACGACCUCCCUAUGCUCAAAGACGGCAACAUCGGCGCCGCCAAGCUCUCCCUCGAGAAGAACGGCUUCGCACUGCCGCGCUACUCCGAUUCCGCCAAAGUCGCCUAUGUUCUUCAAGGCAGUGGAGUCGCCGGAAUCAUCCUGCCGGAGAAGGAGGAGAAGGUGGUGGCGAUCAAGAAGGGCGACGCCAUCGCCCUCCCCUUCGGCGUGACGACGUGGUGGUACAACAAGGAGGACACCGAACUAGGCAUCCUCUUCCUCGGCGAGACCAAGAUCGCCCACAAAGCCGGCUGCUUCACCGACUUUUUCCUCACCGGCCCCAACGGCAUCUUCACCGGCUUCACCACCGAGUUCGUGAGCCGCGCCUGGGACUUGGACGAGGCCACCGUCAAGACCCUCGUGAGCAGCCAGUCGGCCAAGGGCAUCGUCAAGCUCCCCGCCGACGCCAAGAUGCCCGAGCCCAAGAAGGAGCACUACACCGGCAUGGCCCUCAACUGCGAGGAGGCGCCCCUUGAUGUCGACAUCAAGGGCGGCGGCAAGGUCGUCGUGCUCAACACCAAGAACCUGCCGCUGGUCGGGGAGGUCGGCUUCGGGGCCGACCUCGUGAAGCUCAACGGGGGAGCCAUGUGCUCCCCCGGCUUCUCCUGCGACUCCGCCCUGCAGGUCACCUACAUCGUACGAGGCAGCGGGCGGGUCCAGGUUGUCGGUGUCGACGGCAAGCGCGUGCUCGAGACCACCAUCAAGGCCGGGAACCUCUUCAUCGUUCCUAGGUUUUUUGUCGUGUCCAAGAUUUCGGACCCAGAUGGCAUGGACUGGUUCUCCAUUGUCACCACUCCAAACCCUAUUUUCACGCAUCUUGCGGGAAGGACUUCGGUGUGGAAGGCGCUGUCGCCGGAGGUGCUGAGGGCGUCGUUUAACGUUCCGGCCGAUGUGGAGCAGAAGUUUAGCUCCAAGAGAAAGGCUGAAGAGAUCUUCUUCCCGCCACCCAAUUGAUCACCUAUUUUUCUAUUUUCCAGUUUUGUCUUACCUACAAGAAUAAGCAGUGAGCAUUUUGGCUUGCACGGAUUUUGCGGUUUUUAUUUCUCGCUUUUUUUUUUAAAUUUCAGUUUGGUUUAGGUUAGGAGCAUUAGUUUUAUGUUAGCCUUUAGGAGUCUUUAAUUUAUUUCAGUUUUCCGUUUAAGACAUGCACUUCUUGUGCAGUUUAAUUACUGGAUCUCUAGCUAUAUAUUUUAGUUAACGUAAUUGUUUCGUCAUUUCUGUAGAAUUAAUUGAACUUUAAUUUUUCUGCA